AUGUACGAAGGUAGGUAAGGGGUAGGCCAUCCGGAUCCGGGGCCCAAUGUAGUUUUGAGUGUUUCAAGGUGGCGACAAGCUCCCUCAGUGUCAAGGGACGCUCCAAGUCUUCUGCGAGCUCUGGUGUAUGUUUCCGGGAGAUGUGCUGUGCCGGGUAGUCUGUUACCCUUUGUCGAUGUGGCUACGCUGCAACUCAAUCAUGGUGAGGCGUUGUGCCCAGGUCUGUCUGUCCUAGUCCGUUCAGUAGUUAUACUCUAAGCCCCAGUCACAUAUCCCCUUCUACAGGGUUCGGUCAGUAUGCAUGAAUGCUACCAGUUUCCCAUUUAGGUGGUUGGGAGUACAUGGCAUGGCGGGGCUGCAAGGGGGCACCGCCACAGGAGGUCCCUUUAGUGAGUCUCUUGGUCUAUCCGACAUGUCCGUGGGUUCUGGUAUGGUGUCCUCCAUCAUACUUAGGGUCUGGGGUCAUCCUAGGUGUUAGUCAGGGGUGUCCCUAUCACUUAGGAACAUGUAACAUAACAUCAACAUUGCAAAUAUUCAGUAACUUUUAGCUUAUGGCCCCUCUGCGACACAGUCGCCUGGUCCCCUGCACCUCCGCCGUGUAUUUAGGUGCUGGAGUGGGGGAAAGGGACGUCAGGGGCGCUGCGGGCGUGCGACAUCCUCCCCCCCAGCCUCAACAGCCCAUCCCUGCAACCCUCCGUCCCCGGCCUUCUCUGCAAGGGUUCCCCAACAUGCAGCCAGUGGCUGUUUCCCUCAGCCCGGCCUAGGCCAGGGUGCCAGGUGUGACAGUGUGUGGUUGAAUUGCCCUAGUAGCGGGUCCCCUGUGUCCACAGCCAGAUUCCCAGUCUACCAUACUUUCCCCGCGGCCCCCCACCAACUCAAAUCUGUAUUCAGUCUUUUUUAGUAGCCACUUAGUCACAAACACUGGACAAAGUUAGCGUUCAUAAUUGCUUUUUGUAUUUUUAACACACAAACAAAUAUAAAUGCUAACUUUGGCCAGUGUUUGUGACUAAGUGGCUACUAAAAAAGACUGGAUAUACCCCAUAUGGAAUACCCUGGGUUGUCUACUUUACAAAAAAUAUGUACAUGCGAGGUGUGAUUCAGAGAUUUAUGACAGAUAACAGUGUCACUAUUGAUAAAUUGUAAAAAUAUAUCUUUUGAAACAGCAAUGUCCUUCUUGUACUUAUAGCCCUAUAACUUGCAAAAAAAAAAAGCUAAGAACAUGUUAAUAUUGGAUAUUUAUAAACUCAGGACAAAAUUUUGAAACUUUUUAGCUUGUGUCUUUUUUGGCGUUUGGAGAUGCGUAACAGAUUUUGGGGGUCAAAGUUAUUUUUUUUUAUUCUUUCAUCAUAUUUUAUAAAAAAAGUUAUAGAAAAUUAUAUGAAAAUAAUGGUAUCUUUAGAAAGACCAUUUAAUGGCAAGAAAAACAGUAUAUAAAAUGUGUAAGAGGAAAAUAUUACAGCUAAACACAAACACCGCAGAAAUGUAAAAUCAGCCCUGGUAAGAAAAUUGAAAAAAACUGUCUGGACACUAAGGGGUUUAUGUUUUAUGUUUUAUGUUUUAAUGCUAGACGAGAGUCCCCAGUAGCCCAUGAAUUAAUGAGGAAGCAUUAGCCUGAGCAGCAAUGGAUAGCUGUGAUUGGCUGAGAGUGUCAGCUGACAGCAGUCAGCCUAUCGCAGUGCUCAUUCCUGGUAUGGCUACAAGGAAGUGUGUAAUCUCCGUUUUAUCUACACCUCCAAUGGAGGCGGGGCUAUGGCAAGCCAAGAACUCUCAUUCAGUUUUAAACUUCUUGAAAAUAGUAUAACACUGAAUGUAGGGACCGUGCCAGAGAACUCGAAGCACUAGACUUGUGCACUCAGUUUCAAACAAAUGACUAUUUGUCAGAAUUUUGAGGGCGAUUGGCGUUGUCUGAAUUCCAUUAUUCAGAAUUGUUAUGUGACAGAAUCGUGAAAUUAGCAACAACAACAAAAAAAGGAAUGAAAGAUCCAUUUUGUUUUGAUUCAUGAUUCAGAGUUCCAGCCAUUGCGCAAAAAAAAAAAAAACGUAUAAUUUAUGGGGGAAAAAAAUUGCUGAUAAAUGUUGAUUUACAAAUCAAGUGAUAAGUGACUAAUAGAGGGGAAAAUGUGGAGCAUUUAAAAAAAAAUAUCUAUAUUUAUUUGGCAUUUAUUUAUUUAAUAUAUACUAUAUACAUUUUUACUUUUGUUACUGCUCAUCCUUUAAGUUUUCCGCCAUUGGUCACUUGAUUUGUGAAUGAAAUGGUGCAAAAAUGUGCCUAUCGGUACACUGCGAAGUAUGUUCAUAAUAUUUAUAUUUUCCAGUACGCUGAUUGGCCCACUUUUGCUUAAUCCGAAACAUUUUCCUGAAUUGUUCGAUUGAGUGAAAUUCACCUGAGCCAAAACACUAGAAGAGCAAAUUUUGGGCCACAUGAACUAAAGAAAAAGUAAAGGAUUUUCCAGAUAAAUUGAUUUGGCUGACCCGUAUUUUUUACCAAGCACUAUAACCAAUUCACUGAGAUAAAGUAGUAGUGCCUGGAUAGUCUCUUUAAAAUGAUCAUUGUGAAAUUAUCAGAAAUCUAACUCUACAACAAGGCAGAAUUUAAUAUUGCUUUGUAAAGUUUGGACAGUCUAAAUAAAUGAUCCAUUGGUUGCAGCUACUUACAACUCACUAGGUUAUAAAUGGAAGCUAGUGUAAUUUGCUGGUACCCUGGCAAUCCUCCACAACUGCUGGUUCAGGGAAUAAACCUCUAAAUGUAAAGCGCUGCGGAAUUUGACGGCGCUCUAUAAAUAUCAAAAUAAUAAUAAUAAUAAUUAAUAAAUGUGUAUUAUUGAUUGGGCAGUUCUUGGAAUAUUUGGAAAAUGCCAGGUACUAUUUAGUUUCCGUGCUGUUUGCUCCCUUGCGUGGCUCACCGUUGUUCAGAUGGUGGUGGGUGCUGACAAUAACUGAGCACAUCUCUAGACUGCAGCUGAUAAGACGAGAGUGCUGUCAGCGCAAUCUACUGUCACAUAUCUCCUGCUCUUAUCAUCAGAAUUAAGGAAAUGGCGCGUGGCAAUGGUGCUACAUUCAUACGAGCAGAGUGUAAUUAUAAUUUCCUUCAUAAAGGCAUUAGGGUGCACAUCAGAAUUCGAUUUAGGGUUAGGGGACUAUUAAUAUUUUGGGGGUACCUUUUUACUUGGAUAAUGGGGUAUUUAUGGGUUAGAAUGCACACGAACCCCAAUGGCAUUUUUACAAUCAAGGCACCAGUUGUGUUAGGGGCACAUCUGCACGGCUCACUGUGGACUGCAACUGCCACCAUUCUCAGCCAGAGGAAACGGUUCCAUUAAAGUGUUGUCACAACAAUACUUAAAGGGUUAGUCACUGAAGGGUGAUUUUUUACAAAAGUGAAUUUUAAAUUUUAGGUUAAAAAAAUACAGAUAUACAAAAAUGGCCAUUGGAGUGUUUCUAAAAAACCUCCAGUUAUUUAAAUGUGCAUAGAGAUUUGGGAUAGUGCUCGAGUAUGAAUUAGGGCUGAUGUGUACUAUAGUCAUUGCUGCCGCCCAGGAGUACUGGGAGUCUGAGCGCAGGACUUAGUUUCUGUAUAUUUGUAUUUGCUUGGUAUCACAUUCACACAGCCAUGUUACUAUGUUGCGACCCCCCAUAUUGGGAUAGUGCACACAUAUCUCUUUUCUUUUAUAAAAUGAAUACCUGUAAAUAGCCAUAUUAAAUAAUGAUAAUUUAUGCUCUAAUGGAGAUCAUGUUACUGCUUUUUAUUCGUAGCUUUGAUUACAUUAGUUUAAUAACGAAACUCAAAUUCAUUUAGGGAAUCUGGAUAACAGAUAGUUUGUAUCAUACAUCCCUGCAGACCCUGUACACACAUAUUAUUAUUAUUUAUAUAGCGCCAGCAAAUUCCGUAGCGCUGUACAAUCCUCUAGUCUUCAACUCUUUCUGUUGUGUCUUUAUACCCCACCUCUUCUAGACUGUAAGCUCUUGCACGCAGGGUCCUCAUCAACAUAUUGUUCCUAUAAGAUUUUAUAUUUCUGAAUAACCCCCUUUAUAAUAUUGAAAAGCUCUGCGGAUUAUGUUGGCAUUAUAUAAAUGAUGAUAAUAAUGAUAAAAUGUGCCAAGCUUCUCUUCCUAAAGCUAAAUUCCUAGCAUUUUGUGGCCAGUCGCCCACGGGCAUUUUCUCCUUGUCGCUGUACUGAGUGAGAUUUCCCAUUGAGCAGAAAUAAUACUGAGCUCGGAUUGUCAUCAUAUUGGUAUCCCAGGGACAUGAUUUGGCUGCCUUUGCCUUGUCUAAGACUCCCCCUGUGGCUGUAUUGAAAACUACAGUUACAGAAACCAGUAAAGGCAAAAUCUUUUGGUAAUUUAUUCACUAAAUUGGCAUAUGUGGAGAAUUGCAAUUGCAAACCAAAAAAAUUAUCCAAACUUAAUUUUACCAGCACAACCAGUUGAUCAAUCCCCUUCCCAUCAAUCCAGCAAAAUUGUCAGUUAAGCAAACAAACUCUUUAAUCAGGAAUUUCAGCCCAUUACACACAUGAUAAAAAUAAAGCAGGAAAAACAAAGCUUGUCUCAUCUUAUCUAUAAUACUAUAUUUAAUAAGUAGACAUACAUUAUAUAUUUAAAAAUCAGAUUCAUGCUGCAAAGAGGUCUCAUUCCGUGUAGACUACACAUAGUAUAUGAAAUAAUAAAAACUGGUAUAUGUGGGAUCAGAAAGCCUAAAAUUGCACUUAAAGGAGCCUUAUCACUGAUGACAGCAACUCCCACUAUUCUCAGCAAAAAUAGUGUCAGGAGUUGCAAUCUGAUGAAGUUGCAUUGAAGAUAUUGUCUAGCUACCUGGGACAACUUUUCUGGGCAUGGGUGUAAUUAUAAAUGAAAGAUGAAUACAAAUACAGAAAGAUAAGUCCUGCGCUCACUCCCAUCAUUCCUGGGUGGCAGCAACGACCACAAUACACAUCAGCCCCAAUAUAUAUAGAAAAACAAAUUACCUGCGCUCUCUCCUUAAUCCCUAUGUAUAUUUAAACAAAUGGAGGUCAUUUAGUUACUCCAAUGGCCAUUGGAGGGAAUGCCCGCCUGCCAACGUCAAGGCAGACCCCCCUAAGCAGGUCCUAACACUGACCCUUCACCUUGCUUCCUUGAGCUUCUGGCAAAGAUAUCUCCAAUGAGACAGAGAGGGAUAUUUUUUUUAUAUACACCCCUAUAUACAUAUUAACCCUUAAUAGGGAACACAUGGGAUGGGCGGCAGCAUUGUAACCUAGCUGUGUGAUACAAAAAGUGAAUACAAAUACAGAAAGAUAAGUCCUGCACUCACUCCCAUCAUUCCUGGGCGGCAGCAACCACUGCAAUACACAUCAGCCCCAAUAUAUAUAAUAAAAACCAAAGAAAAACAAGUUACCUGCGCUCUCUCUUAAUCCCUAUGUAUAUUUAAACAAAUGGAGGUCAUUUAGUUACUCCAAUGGCCAUUGGAAGGAAUGCUCGUCUGCCAACGUCAUAAAUGAAAGAUGGGUGAGCCUGAUAGGAGUGGUAGUGUCCAGCAGCCAAAUGUCUAUCAUUGGCGCAGACUCCAAGUAGCAGAAAGUUCCUAGUUUAGUCUAUCACUGGUGGCACAAUGUCUGACAAUGUUUCAGGCAUAGGUGGAAUUAUAGCCUCUACGUUGCUGGUGCCAGAUUAUUUAUAGCCCUUCGCCCUGCAAGUGACAGCAUCGGGAUACAUUGAUAUUUUAUCAUGUGUAGAAUGUAGACAGCUAGUCACGGGUACACGGCACCGGUGAUUGGUAUCUCAGGCACUUGUAGCAGUGUGGGCACUGCCUUCCGGCUCUGUCUGUUACAUAACAGAGUUGGUUAAUCACCAAACUCCAAAUUGUAGUGAAUUCAAAUCUGAAUGAGAAAUAUUACUAAUCUGAACAAGCCCCUAAGUCAGCUAUCGUCAAAGCAUCCGUCAUAUCAUCCAAUUUAGAGCUGAGUAUUAAUCUUGACAGUUUCAGAUCCUAUUAAUUAUUAAAAUACAGACACGCAUUUAUUGCAGUUGAUUAAAAUCUACAGUAGGGCCCUUUUUCUGCAAAUAUAUAGAUUGCUUUAAAUUGAGGAUUAUUAAAUAUGAUUUUAAUAAAAUAAAGCAAAAGAAAUAUAAUAUAAAACUCGGCAUUACGGAGCAUAAAUUAAUUACCUAAAAAUGGAAAACCAAUCAACAAAAUCUUAACUCAAACUAUUCACCAAGAAAUCAUCAUGGAGUACGACACAGCGUGUAAUAUUAUUAUACAAGUAUGGUAAUAACAAGGAUUGAUCAUAUAACAUUAUAUUAAUGUACUUAACAGGAAGCGGUCCAUGUUAGAAUUAGAAUUGUAUUGUGAUCAAAAUAUCAGAUUAUAAGACAAAGAUGACAAUACACUGUGUUUUUGAAAGAACAAUUUGCGGCAAAAUGGGGUAAAAGGCCAAACUUCUUCGGAAUGCCUGUAUCUGGUCAUUUUCCAUCAAGCGGUCUUUGCAUAAAAAUACUUAAGACUCCACAAGUGACAAUACCACUUUAAAAAACAAGCCCAGAAAUUGAUCAAAAUGAAGACUCUCUUAAUAAUCAGAUAUAUUACCAAUAAAUUAAAUUCAUAAGGAUUCUUGUAUUUCCCUAACCAAUGUCUCCCUGACAAUAAAAUACAUAUAAUAUUAAGAUGCAUAUAUAUGGGACUAUUUUUUUUUCUUUUAGGAAUUAAUAAUAAUAAGUCCUUAUAUCAGACAGAAUAAAUUCAACAAUCUCCACUGCCAACUCAUCAUGAUGUCUGGUUUAGUGGAUAAACCCCAAAGUUUUAAUCUGUCUCCCUUUCUUUUCCAAAUGAAAGCUUGUAAACGGAACUAUCUGCAACACACAGUGUAUUCAUCAUAAUCUUUCAAUUGGGGGUCAAAUCCUGGGGAAUAAAGUGUGGGAACUUACCCAAGAUCCACCUCCCACCCCAAAAAAAUAAUAUACACUCAAAUGCAUAUAUAAAUGCGUACACAUACACAUGGACAGGUGCACACACACACACACUCAGACAUACACAUACACACAGAAACACACAUACACUCACAGACACACACAUACACUCAUACACACACACACACACACACACACAGAUACUCACAGACAUACACACACAUACUCAGACACAUACACUCACAGACACACACACACUCAGACAUACACAUACACUCAUACACACAGAUACACACGUACAUUCAUACACACACACACACACACACAGAUACUCACAGACACACACACACAUACUCAGACACAUACACAUACACUCACAGACACACAUACACUCACAGACACACGCACACAUACACACACUCACAGACACAAACACACACACAAACACACACACUCACAGACGCACACACAUACACUCACAGAAACACACAAAUGAUGAUUAUUUUUUAAAAUUUAAAAAUGUCCACCCAGCCUCCCUACCUGGAGAGCUGGCGUGGACCUGUCCCUGGGGUCCAGUGGGGCUUCAGUGCGGCGGGCGUCUGUCUCCCUGUCAGACGCGGCGAGGGAGCUGUGUUCUCUCUGCUCUGUUCCCUCUCGCCGCGCGGGCUGUCUACUGAUGCUGGGAGCCACAAUAUGACAUCAUAUUCCGGCUCUCGGCAUCAGCAAACGCACGCGGGGAGCAGAGCAGAGAGAACACAGCUCCCUCGCCGCGUCUGACAGGGAAACAGCUGCCCGCCAGGGGGUCCAUCAGGCCACCUCUUGGGUCCCCCCUUGACAGGGGGAACACGGGGGCCAUUUUUUGCCGCCCCCUGAGUGUCUGCAGGAGCAAUGGGAAUGGCGUUCCUGCUGUAAAAAAAGUGCAGGAACCCCAUUCCCACGCGUUCCUGCAGGACUCGAGCCCUGCUAUCAAUACAGUUUAUAUUACACUCUGCACUGAAUAGAAACGUGUUCUGUUUAUUAGGUAAAAUACUAUAUUACAUGGAUGGGUAGGUAGAGAUAAACAGCUCAUUCUUUCAAACUGAACCCACCACUCAUCACAAAUUAAUAGAUAUCACUGCUAGCUAGCACACUGGCAAUUCAUUUACCAGCCUCUAAAUUAGGCCUGGACCACCUUUACUGGGAACAAAACCUGCAAACUGGAUGUUUGACCAGUCUCUAUCGCAUGGACAUCUAACCAGUCAUUUUAAUUUAUCCAUACUUACCUGUCUGUUGUCCCACCCUCCCUCCCUAAUUUAUGGUGCCAGGGUUGUUAUUCUUUCUCCCAUCACAGUGGUGGGGGCCUGAUAGGAAAAUUGGGGGUAGGUUGAAUUGCUAGGUGGGAUGGUUGGAGUUUGGUAUGAAUAUUUACCUAGUUGAAGUUGGUAUUGGUAGGUUGAGGUUCAUUGGUGGCUUAUAACGUGGUGGUGUAGAGGUAUCUCGGUAUUCCCCAUCAAUGUUAAAUCAGUUGGUAAAAGAUGGGCGUUGUGGCUGUGUUAUGUGUUUAUGUUAUUUAUUGUAUUGUUAUAUUGAUUAAUUAAUACCAUUUAUGGUUUGGGUCAUUGUCAGUGGGUAUAAUGUUAUUAAAGGGUUGGAUGGAUUUUCAUGUCAAUGUUGAUUGUGUGUAUUUGACAAUGCUCUAUUUGUGAAUACAUUUUUAAAUUAAAACUGUGAUAAAUUUUAUCCAACUUAAAAUUGUGGGUUAUUUUGGUUGAGGGAUGACCAUGCGCAUGUCAUUGGCUACAUACAUCUUUGCCACAAUAUAAUUAAAGGAUAAUAAAUGCAACACUGUUUAUCUGCUGAUGCUGCGUAAUGAUCCUCUUCACAGAGAUAUCAAAUUUUUCUAAUUAAUAAUACAUAAAUUAAUAAAUACAUCUACCAGCUCGCUGUCUAUUGUGAACUGUCAUUGUCUGCCUUUCUGUGUGUUUGUCCCUGAAUGUUUCCGUCACUGUCAGACUGUGUCCCAUUGAGUUACAGCAGCAGGUGGCUAAAAGGAAGAGGGGAGGGCACAGACACAGUGACUAGGAAGGGGGAUAACAUUUGGGAAGUAGGAGAGACUUGGGGAACUGGUCGAGGAGGGUGGGGGGGGAAAAGGAGAGGCCUGAGAGAGAGAGAGAGAGAGAGAGAGAGAGAGAGAGAGAGAAACAGACUAAAUGAAGGGGAAAACGAUAGACAGAAUCAGAUACAAGACAGAGAAAUGUAACAAGAAGAGAAAUCUUUAGCGUGACAAGUCCCAGGCAGUGAUUAGAUACAAGAAAUUCACAGUAAUAUUUAAAAAGUGCUCAUGUAAAAAGGGGCUAAAGGGGCAAAUAUAUUACGAACAAAGAAAUAAAGAAAAUCUAAAAGCAAGAGCGGACAGCAAGAACGACAGAGAAGUUUCACGAACGCGAGAUGUGUGGAUUUUCAGGGUGAGUGUCUGAAGUGAACCUCAUUCCCAUUAAAGGAUCGGUCCACGUGUUAGAUCAGCUGAUAUAACCUAUAGGAUCCUUACGGACCACGAGCCUACAGACGUUCACACUGUAACUCAUCACAUCGAUUGCUUUAAGGUUCGUCCAAGAGAAGAUCUUAAAACUUUAAAGAAAGUUCUUAGGAUUAUAUUGGGCAUUGCGGACGACAUAAAGGAAGAAUUUACGAGAGAAGGAGAUCGCAAAGCAUCGUUAAUUGUGAGUAAACUUUCCUUUUGAUUCGUGAAAUUCUUCUCUGCGUAAAUAUCUGUAAAGCUCUUUAUGGGUUUAAUGUUUUUACUUUACAAGACAGGUGAUGCUGUGUGUCCCGUUCAUGUUAACGGUGUGAUCGCCAGAUCCAGCAUAUGUUCCUGGAUAUAUACAGGACUUUAUUUACUAACAUGAGAAUUCAGAGUGGUUUUCAAAUUUAAGGCCAUAGCUGAUUUAGAGAAUUUUUUUACCUUAAAGUUGAAAUUCACUUUGAAUUCUUACUUCGCUAAAUAACUUUGGUAGACUUUUCUGGAUGAUUGAAUAAGUCAUGGGAAUUGUCACCCUGUCGUAUGCAUGGUUCAUAUGCUGCAGGAGGGAAACCAGUGAAUUAACAAUGGAGGACACAGAACAAACUGCCUGAUCAGUUAAUACAUUUCCCUUCUACAGCAUAUGAUUUCUACAUACAGCAUGGCAGCCCUUUUCACACGCUCCCCAACAGCCUGAAAUUGUGAUGAUAUAUAUGAAGCCUGGAUUAUCUGGUAGCCAGACAUAGGUACAUUGCUAUUAGAGGUAUUGCGUUCUGAUGGGUGUGAUAUCUGCUAUCUAUCUUACUAACUCCUCGUCUCUCUAAUAUGUCAAUAACGCAUUUCUAUAAAAUGUCCCUGGAUUUCCUUGUGUAUUGAAUUUAUAUUAAAGCAUUUAGUCAUUAACCCCUUAAGGACACAUGACAUGUGUGACAUGUCAUGAUUCCCUUUUAUUCCAGAAGUUUGGUCCUUAAGGGGUUAAAUAGUGACAAAGCUAUUCAGUAAAGUGGGAACUGUUGGAAACUCUAAGUAAAUGUCCAAUUUUAGGGCAAAAUAAUGCAAAAUAGGGCAAAAUAGCUGACUUGGAGAACUAUUCCAGUUCCAAUACGGUGAUCUAAAAUGUUACAUUCUCUGGCAAUUCACAUUAUAGUAAAUAACUCUGUGUGCUGUGGUAAUCCUAUAUUACAUACAUAUAUACGUACCUUCAUUUUUAUUCCAAUAAAGCAGAACUAGAGAAUAUUUCUUCAUAUGAGAAAUCUCCUUCUUUACAUUUUAUUUAUAGUUUAAUCUCUAUUCCAAAAGCAAUGUACACCAAAAAUAACCCAUAUAAUGACGUUUCCCAUGGCCGUUUGACUUGUGAAAUGUAUUUCUUAUGAUCUAUUAAAAAAAUCUACAAAAUCUAUUAGGCCACAAUAGAAACCGCUGCGGAGCAAGUUCUGAAUUACCCACUUAUUCCUAAUUAUGAUAACGUUGCUCGAACAUGCUAUAUAACCAAGCGUCUGAUUAAUUUACACACGCUUACCCCAAGGCUGCUACCUUAUCAGACGUUAUAAAAAACACAAACAAACAAACAAACAAGAUGGCUGCCCUCAGUGGUUGUUUUUCUGGUAAUCUUACAAAUGGAUAUCAAAAGAUUUCAAUAGAAUAUGCAGAGCGGAAUUGUUUCAGCAACUUCACAUACCGGUAUUUAUCUAUUUACACUUAUUAAUUUAACAUUUUAUUUUGAGGCGUAAUUCAACAUUAACCCUUUGCCUGCAUAAUGUAUUGCUAAGGAUUUAUUUAAUGGAUAAUCCGCGCAGUAAGCGUGGCCCCCUGCCCUGUACGGGGGCUGGUUUUAAUUUUUCGUUAGGCCAAUCUCUUAUUAUAAUUAUUAAGUUUUAGACAGACUCCCCUGUCAAUAGGAAGUACGGCCGUAAAGCACAGUCCGCUAUUGCCAGCCCAUGAGAAAUCAUAAGGUACAGUGCUUCUCAUUCCUAGUAACUUGUUUAUCAUGGAGCAGGGCUAGGUAAAAUCUAUUAAAGGGACACUCUGGGGACCAUAACAACUUAAUUGGAAUGAAGUUGGCAUGGUGCGGGAAUGUCUCUGGGUGCUUGCUUACCUCAUGGAGUUAAACCGUUAAUAAAGGGUUUAACCCCAAAAUGCUGAAUCUGCCACCCUAUCGUUCUGACCAUCUCUUUUGGCCACAGUCCGAGGUUUGAAUCAGGAAGCCUUGGACCAGGGCCCGCUGAGAGCAUCAGCUAAUGCACUAAUCUGUCAGUAGGUCCCCAUUCACAAAACGGCUUGAAAAUGUAAGUAUUGAAAAACGUAAGUAUGACACUCUCAGCCUAUAAACGGUGCCCCGCGGCUUCCUGAUACAGACUGCGGCAGAAGGAGAUGGGCUGAGGGAUCGCGUGCCGGAUUCAGCACUUUGGAGUUAAACCAUUCAUUGAUGGUUUAACCCCUUAAAGUAAGCCAGAGCCCGAAGAUGUUGUGGCACCAUAACAACAUCAUACCAAUAAGGCUGUUACGGCUUGGAGUGUUCCUUUCAAGAAUCAAUGGAAACUUUAGCACGUUAUUUACUAAACUGGGAAUGGUUGGUAAUUUACCAGGGAAUAACAAAUGUGAAGCCAAAAUGGCUGCACUGCAAAAUUAGAAAAUUUGGAGAAUUGUCCCAUAAAUUCUCUGACUACUCGCUAACAAUUCAGGGUUUAGUGAAUAAACCUAGUCAGUCUCUGCUCCUGAGCUUUGCCAUUUGUAUAAAUCAGUCUGUACUUCUAUGCACAUGAGGCAGACAAAUAUCAAAUUAUUUAAAUAAAUUAAUAAAUAAAAGUUUCUUGCGUGUUUUUGAUACAUGGUAGCCAUUACAUCCUGAAAAUGGCGGCCUGAGGUUUUCUUUUUGCUACCAGAGUACCAGCUAAACAUUUUUAUCAUUUUUUGGGGGCGCUUCAUUGAUUGUAAAUGCGUUUUUCAGGGGGACGGGUCCACGUUUAGAUCAUUUUUCGGAUUUUGGGCAGUUGUCAUGCUGGGUUUCAGCAAUUGUCUCUCCAGCUGUUGUUGGGUUAGAUGCUGGUUAGACAUGAUGGAUGCAGGGAGCGUCCCAGCAGCUGCUGUUUGGCCUAUCCCUGCUUUCAGCCUGCUUAGUCAGAUUGAAGAAUUGCAGUUACUGCCUCAGCGCUAUGGGAGUUGCACUCUGUUCUACAUAGUCCUGUCUCCGAAGUUGUGCAAUACUGAUGGGAGUUGCAGUUUUUCCUGGCUGCCUGAACUGAGUGAUUUUCUUAAAAAAGAAUGAGUUCAACAAUGAUGCCUAAUGCCUAAUCCCUACAGAGACUGCAGAUAUUGCUGCCAUAACUCCCAUCACUCUAGCUGAAUGAAAAACAAACACCCACAUAUAGCAAUACUUCUUUACUUUGUUUAUAAUUUAAUUUAAACAUUUCUUGCGUUGAACACUGACUUUGUAAACAUUUUUGCCAAAACCACAAAAAUAUCCCCGUCUGCAGGCGGCAGGGGCUGACUGCAGAUGGUGAAGUAUGAAGAUGAAUUAGGAAUGCACACAUUAUUUCCCAUACCAAGUGUCUGCAUUCCUUAACCCAUUCCCACAAUCCCCACGCUAUAGUCCCUAAACCGUAUCAUAGAAAGGAAGAGAUAAAGUGGAGGUCGACAGAUGUAUGGGAAUAUCCUUAGGUUUGCAGAUGAUGCUUUUGCUAUUUAUGUGGGUGACGCAGUAGAACCCACCAUUUUGGUACAUGUACUUGCCACCAUAAAUCUCAACAAGGCUAACUGGAGUAUCCUACUGAUAUAUAAUGAAGAACCCCCUGAGUUAAUUAGUACUGACACUUUUGGGGUAGACAGGCACUUUUUUACAUCGUAUAUUCUUUCCCAAAUAGGCCAAAAAUUAUUAUUGUGCUUCACGAUUUAGUGACUGGUUUCAUCUCUCUGCGCAGGCCUCAAACUGGCCUACUUCAUGGGGUUAAAAAGAGCGGUUUCAAUGCCUUUUGAAGAUGAAAUAUUGCAUUAUUAUUUACUAAUCUGUAAACUGAUGGGGAUUUUUCCAAGUAUUGCAAACAGGCUGAUUUUGGAGAAUUUUUCCACUUUGACUAUUUUUGUAAAAUUAUCGAUUUCAGGCGUAACGUAAAUGAAGAGAAAAUGGAAUGGAAUAAUGGAAGGACAAAGCUUUUGUGUCAGCCCAACUCUAAACACCCUCAGUCAGCCGCUCGUUUGUCUCUUGUGCAAAACAAAACCUGCUCCAGCUCACUGAGAGUGCUGGGAGUUAGCUUCUCCAAUCUGCCUUUAGUGUUUUUUCUUUAUCUUUCAUCUUUCCUUUAAACUCUCCCCCCAUACAUUUGUCAUUUCCCCUCUUCUCACCCAGCAUGCUUUGCUGCUACGUGAUCGCCCCCCAUUUUCCCAUCACUUGUCGUUAUCCACGGCGCACCAUGCCCAGGCCAGCCUUCGAGUUCUCUCUCUCAUUUCUUCUGCCAUUCUCUCUUCCCCCUCUUACUAUCUUUCUCAGACUCACAAUCUCCCCAUUGUUCCCUCUUUCUUUUAUUCCUGGCAGCUGUCCUGCCAGCCCCCCUGUGCCGGCCUGCACACCAGGCAGCUGAUAUCCCACAUGCCCCUCCCCAACCACAGUUGACCCCCCAUUACACAGAGUCUGGACCCUCUGGCUAGCUGGGGUGGGGGGCUCUCGGACAGGUGUUGGGGAUAAGCGGUGCACAAUGUACAGGAUGCACACAUUACACUAUGUACACAUCAAUUAAUAAUCUAAGCCUGGCAUCCUCUGAGAGAGGGGGAGGGAGUGCCGGACUCCAUUUUGUCGCUUCUACAUGCUGUGUGGCAGUACAUGAAGAAUGCUGCCUUGUAAUAAAUAGCAUUACUAAAAGGGAAUCUAAUGUAUACAUUAACACCGUCGCCUUGGGAUUGAUUUUCAUCUAUUUGUAUUUUUUAUUUUUUUACAUUUUAUUAUUAUUUAUUUUUAUUUUUAUUUUAAGCCAGGUUCCGAAUGUUAUUUUUUCAGGGGGCACACCCUAUUGUAAUGUGCUGCACACGCCUGUGGCACACAUAUGUACCUACACAAACACACGCCCCCUCCUCCCCCGUCACGGAUCUCACAAACAGCUGGGGGACACGGAUCCAGUUUCAUUUAUGCCAGAAGUGAUUGCUCCCAACAGGAAUUUCUGUCAUGUGCGCACAUGUGUGCGAGAGACAUACUCUGGGUGCGUGUGUCAUGCUCGGUGUUUGUAUGUUACGCAAUGUGUUUGUUGGUUUAUAACAUGCAUGUAUAAUAAAAAUAUGUCUGUUAUUUGCGUAUGUUUUUCUUUAUAUUCGCUUGUUAAUAAAGAAACGACAUGUAUUGCGGGACGACACAUUGCACAAAUAAUCGAUAACACUUCACAUCGACACACAUGGUGACAAAUCAACAUAGAGCACUACACAUGCAGAUAACUAUUGCACUCCCAUCACUCUCAGUCAGAGGUAGCCUUUGGUAAAUGUUGGCUCUCUGGCUGCAGGAAACUGUCUGUCGCUCUGUCUAUCUGUCUGUUUUAUAGAAGAGCAAACAAGUCCCUGUUAGCUUGAAGGUGGCAAACUUAGUGUGAUGAUAUUUCCUCACGGUGACAAGUUGGUAUUUAGAAUGUUAGCCUUGCAGCCUACAUAGGAAUAGGGUACAAACUCCUCCUGGCAAUUGGCCGCAAAUGGUUAAUUCUGAGAAAAAGAUCUGGAGAAAUCCAACAGGGAAGAGGUUAAUGGGGUUAAUAUUCUACUGAAAGUCACCGACAAGCAAAGGGUUAUUGGGGAAGUAACACUCAUGGUUUAUUGGUAAAAAAAAAUAAAAUCAAACUUUUUGUCAGAGCUCCAGCAGGUUGAGGGUUAAAAGGUUUGAGUGGCUCUGCAGGAUACUAACAAGCUACAGUCUUGGUGUCUUUUAUCUUUUUAUUACCAAAACCACCUGAAUUUAAUCCACCUACCCCCCCUCAGAGCUCACACACUGUCUCUCUCUUUCUCUGCUACCUUCUCUUUCCACCUCCUCCUCGUUCUGCGCUUCUCACCCUAAUCUGUGACAUUUCACAAGGAGCCGACACAUUGUAUCCGCUCAUAUAACAUGUUCUUGAUUUGCUAUGCAUUCUGGGCACCGAUUCCCAAAUCUGGAUUUGUGGUAACAUCUCCCGUUCCGUUGCGUUUUCAUUUAUAGCAUAGUCAGAUAAUGAGUUUUCUGAAAUAUUGCUAAAUAAAUAAUUCGCACACGGGCACUUGUGAAAGUCACACUGAGAUAGCAAGAUGUAAAAUGUGCGAAGAGAUUGCUCCCAAUGAAAUACUGAGCAUUCACAGCUUGGGAGGCUGAGUUACAAUGUAAUAUUUAAAUAGAUUGAAGUUCUAGUGACGUUGCAGUCGUAUGACCCCACCGUCAUAUAAUGUCACAAAAAAGGGCCCUUGUGUAAGGUACGCCUGGGAUACUGAUGCUGUAAUGACAUGGGAUUCACCAUGCUUUGGAUGUACGUAACCGUACUAACCCUAACCAUAACCACCUGAAACCUUUAUUUAUUACUGUCAUUUAUAAAGCACCAGCAUAUUCUGCAGCGCUGUACAAUUGGGAAUAAGAUAAUACAAUAUAAAUAGAGCCCUGCCAAUGAGCUUACAAUCCAUCUUGGAGCAAACGGCUGUACCUCACAUUGUAAUGGCUGUACGUCAUGUUAUAAUGCUACCCCAAACCUAAAUCCACCAGCUCUAACCGUACAUUUUUUGAGGUUCAAGUAUAGUGUCAUUGGAAUGUUGCCCAAUUUAACAAUAUCCAAUUUUCUUUUUUAUUGUAUUUGAUUAUUGUUUUUGCUUAUUGGGUACAGAAUUAUUUUUUCUUUCAAAGUAACUUGAAUUUUUCAUGGCAACAUUACUUAGGUGCACUGUGCCCAGCAAACAAUACGAGCUGGUAGUAAGAGGCUUGUAACCAAUUAUUACACCACCACCAGCCAAUAUCAUUAAUUACAAGAAAUAUGGAUCUAUAGAUUCGAGCAGAUUGCUACAGGUUUCCAUCUAACUGUCUGACCGUCUGUUAUGAUCAAUUGAAUUAUUUUUUUUAAUUUAGCGGAGUAGGAAGCGAUCUGUAUAUAAAGACGUUUCCCAGCCAAACACUGUAAACAAACUGGUUACUCCCAGAUUCCAGAUUGGUGCUGUGUCAAUCAAAUCGUCAUUUGUCAAAUUUGAUGUUUUUCUAAUUGUCACUUGUCUACUUGGGAUGAUCACAAGUCCACUUGAGCCUCAUCAUCCUUUACUGAAAUGAAAAUAAAAUAAACAAAUGUGUAGUAACCUAGGUACACAAUGGUAUGUGGUGUCACUCCAUACAACGAGACGUACAUGUCAUUGUAAGGGUUGAUUAUUUGUGUGUGUGUGAGAUUUCUAUUUCCUAGAAUCAGUCUGGCCAUUUUCUUUCUCUCACCUACAGAAUGGUCACUCAUUUAAUGUUUUUUUUUUAUUUUUAUUUUUAUUGAAACAGCAGAUACGUGCGAAAGCUUAUACUAUGCAUGAUUCAAAUGUAAUUAUAGCUAUACUCAUCACUUUGUGUAUCCAGUGCUGAAUUUGCUGUCGCUAUAUUAAUAAAUUAUAAUAUUAAGCAGAUCUUAAAAGAUAGCAAUUAAACACAAGAUAAAAAGCCAGGAAAUUCUUUUAAACACUUGUCUUAUUUACCGAGGCCUCGCCAAUGUGUACCCUGCCUACCCUGCUUCUGUGUACCCUGCCUCUGUGUACCCUGCCUCUGUGUACACAAUAGUGAGAAGCAAACACGACCAGUGCUGGUUUAGUUCUGUGACAUGCUCAUAUGUACUUUUCAGUGUACGAGGGAAAUACACAAUAGACACAAAAUAUAACAAAAUAUUUAUUUAAAUGUUAUUCCUGAUCUCUGGAGAAAAAAUUGAGUAUUUCAAAAUAAUGCUGUAGUUUUGAUUUUUUUCUAUAAGAAUUCUAGAGAAAAAAAUACAUUGUAUCCACCAAGGGGUAUGCACUAUUCAUUCUGUGACUCAAAAAUUAUUACUUGCACCAAAACAUUAUCUUCUAGGUUCCCGAACUAAGACAUGCGACUUGUCACACAGCUAUACAGACUUCACAGUGCACAGAGCACCUCGGAAGUGCAUAUUCUGAAAAUGCUCAGGAUUGAGCCUGCACCCUGCUUCUUGGGGACACCAGAUAAAUUAUCUGGGACAAUAGGAUAGGGAGUCCAAGACGUAUCUGCCUUUAAUUAUACGCGAAGUCUGUAAUUUUGCUAUUUAGUGUAUCUAUUCUGAAUCUGGCAGCAGAGGGCGUCUGAUUACACCUGAUAAUUAACCUUUAAAUAUUGUGCCCAUAACUCUAUCCAUGAUAUUGUACUGGCAGUCUGGCUAGCUGUAGGUAGGUUAGCCGUGACAUACUUCCCAACAUUUUAAAUAAACAAAGACGACUAUUUUCACUUUAGGGAUGUUAUGGGGGGGGGGGGAGGUGGAGCUCUGCUAUACACUCAGACACAUUACUGGGAGUAUUAUUGCUGCGGAGCUCUGUUAAACACUCAGACACAUUACUUGGAGUAUUAUUGCUGCGGAGCUCUGUUAUCUCUGUUAUACACUCAGACAUAUUACUGGGAGUAUUAUUGCUGUGGAGCUCUGUUAUACACUCAGACAUUACUGGGAGUAUUAUUGCUGUGGAGCUCUGUUAUACACUCAGACACAUUACUGGGAGUAUUAUUGCUGUGGAGCUCUGUUAUACACUCAGACACAUUACUGGGAGUAUUAUUGCUGUGGAGCUCUGUUAUAUACCCAGACACAUUACUGGGAGUAUUAUUGCUGUGGAGCUCUGUUAUACACUCAGACACAUUACUGGGAGUAUUAUUGCUGCGGAGCUCUGUUAAACACUCAGACACAUUACUUGGAGUAUUAUUGCUGCGGAGCUCUGUUAUCUCUGUUAUACACUCAGACAUAUUACUGGGAGUAUUAUUGCUGUGGAGCUCUGUUAUACACUCAGACACAUUACUGGGAGUAUUAUUGCUGUGGAGCUCUGUUAUACACUCAGACACAUUACUGAGAGUAUUAUUGCUUUGGAGCUCUGUUAGACAGCCAGACACAUUAUUGGGAGUAUUAUUGCUGUGGAGCUCUGUUAUACACUCAGACACAUUACUGGGAGUAUUAUUGCUGUGGAGCUCUGUUAUACACUCAGACACAUUACUGGGAGUAUUAUUGCUCUGGAGCUCUGUUAAACACUCAGACACAUUACUGGGAGUAUUAUUGCUAUGGAGCUCUGUUAUACACUCAGACACAUUACUGGGAGUAUUAUUGCUGUGGCGCUCUGUUAUACACUCAGACACGUUACUGGGAGUAUUAUUGCUGUGGAGCUCUGUUAUAGACUCACACACACUACUGGGAGUAUUAUCGCUGUGGAGCUCCGUUAUACCCUCAGACACAUUACAGGGAGUAUUAUUGCUGUGGAGCUCUGUUAUACACUCAGACACAUUACUGGGAGUAUUAUUACUGUGGAGCUCUGUUAUAAGUUCAGACACAUUACUGGGAGUAUUAUUGCUGUGGAGCUCUGUUAAACACUCAGACACAUUACUGGGAGUAUUAUUGCUGUGGAGCUCUGUUAUAAGUUCAGACACAUUACUGGGAGUAUUAUUGCUGUGGAGCUCUGUUAAACACUCAGACACAUUACUGGGAGUAUUAUUGCUGUGGAGCUCUGUUAUACACUCAGACACAUUACUGGGAGUAUUAUUGCUGUGGAGCUCUGUUAUACACUCAGACACAUUACUGGGAGUAUUAUUGCUGUGGAGCUCUGUUAUACACUCAGACACAAUACUGGGAGUAUUAUAGCUGUGGAGUUCUGUCAUACACUCAGACACAUUACUGGGAGUAUUAUUGCUGUGGAGCUCUGUUAUACACUCAGACACAAUACUGGGAGUAUUAUUGCUGUGGAGCUCUGUUAUACACUCAGACACAUUACUGGGAGUAUUAUUGCUGUGGGGCUCUGUUAUACACUCAGACACAUUACUGGGAGUAUUAUUACUGUGGAGCUCUGUUACACAAUCAGACACAUUACUGGGAGUAUUAUUGCUGUGGAGCUCUGUUAUACACCCAGACACAUUACUGGGAGUAUUAUUGCUGUGGAGCUCUGUCAUACACUCAGACACAUUACUGGGAGUAUUAUUGCUGUGGAGCUCUGUCAUACACUCAGACACAUUACUGGGAGUAUUAUUGCUGUGGAGCUCUGUUAUACACUCAGACACAUUACUGGGAGUAUUAUUGCUGUGGAGCUCUGUUAUACACUCCGACACAUUACUGGGAGUAUUAUUGCUGUGGAGCUCUGUUAUACACUCAGACACAUUACUGGGAGUAUUAUAGCUGUGGAGCUCUGUCAUACACUCAGACACAUUACUGGGAGUAUUAUUGCUGUGGAGCUCUGUCAUACACUCAGACACAUUACUGGGAGUAUUAUUGCUGUGGAGCUCUGUUAUACAUUCAGACACAUUACUGGGAGCAUUAUUACUGUGGAGCUCUGUUUAUACACUCAGACACAUUACUGGGAGUAUUAUUGCUGUGGAGCUCUGUUAUACACUCAGACACAUUACUGGGAGUAUUAUUACUGUGGAGCUCUGUUUAUACACUCAGACACAUUACUGGGAGUAUUAUUGCUGUGGAGCUCUGUCAUACACUCAGACACAUUACUGGGAGUAUUAUUGCUGUGGGGCUCUGUCAUACAUUUAGACACAUUACUGGCAGUAUUAUUGCUGUGGAGCUCUGUUAUACACUCAGACACAUUACUGGGAGUAUUAUUGCUGUGGAGCUCUGUUAUACACUCAGACACAUUACUGGGAGUAUUAUUGCUAUGGAUCUCUGUUAUACACUCAGACACAUUACUGGGAGUAUUAUUGCUAUGGAUCUCUGUUAUACACUCAGACACAUUACUGGGAGUAUUAUUGCUGUGGAGCUCUGUUAUACACUCAGACACAUUACUGGGAGUAUUAUUACUGUGGAGCUCUGUUAUACACUCAGACACAUUACUGGGAGUAUUAUUACUGUGGAGCUCUGUUAUACGCUCAGACACAUUACUGGGAGUAUUAUUGCUGUGGAGCUCUGUCAUACGCUCAGACACAUUACUUAUUGCUGUGGAGCUCUGUUAUACACUCAGACACAUUACUGGGAGUAUUAUUACUGUGGAGCUCUGUUAUACACUCAGACACACUAACAAUACAGAGCCUCUAGAAAAGAGGGACAUUAUGAUAGAAAAGAGGGACAGAGGGAGUUGGGCCCAAAAUAGGGACUGUCCAUUCUAAAUAGGGACACUUGGGAGGUAUGCUGUGGGCAGGAUGGGCUAGCUAUUGUAAAAUUACUGGCAGCCUCAUAUUUGGGACCAGCAGAGAAUUUGCAUGUUUAAGAUAUCUGUUUUAGUGUAUACAUUUAACUGAUGUAUCACUUCAGACGAACCAAAUAUUAUCAAGGUGCACAAAUCCCCGUUUUCUUGUAUCCUGGCCUAUCCUGUUCCGUUCUUUUAAUUAAAAUAAUAAUGGAAAAUUGUGGCAAUUUUCAUUAAUAAGAUUAUUAUGACACAAAUAUCAAGUUUAGUAAAUAUAGAUUUUGUACAUACUGUGGGCCGAUUUAAUAACAAAAGACAUUCAUUAAAACAUAUAUGAAAUAAAAUGGCUGUUUUUUAAUUUAGUCCUCUUGCAUGCACAGCUUUACGUUUAAAAACAUUCUGUCCCCUGUAACAAAAAUGUUUAAAAAGCAGCGUAACAGUCAGAAUUAUGUAACUCCCUGGGACAAACACCGUCUAAUGAGAAACUUGCUUGAAACAGCCAAGAACGUUAAACCUGCCUUAGUAGGUGUGACGCAGGGGAAUAAACCCCUCUUAUUAUUUAACCAUCCCCACGCCUGCUCUAAGCCUUAUAUAAUCUGUGUCUGCCAGAGGUUAGAACAGCAAAGUACUGAGGGACCAGCCCAUUAAUAAUAUACAGAAUGCCAAAGUUAGGGGUUCACUCAACCCCCAAUAAAGCCAGAAGAAGGGAUCCAGAAUGUCCGCUGUGAAACAGCCGGGAGAUAUGUGACUUUGAAUUCGUCCCCCAACCUGCUUGCAGUGGGUGACAGUGACGAUACUGAUGGGAUGGGUAACUGCAGGCCUCCCAAAUAAAACAGAAGGAUUUAUGAAUUUGUCCCCUCCAACAAUAUGAAGCCUGAUCAGGAAUCUUUCAUAACCAAGGAAGAUGUGUUUUAUUACCUUAUGUCUUCCUCACCACAUAUGUGCUAGGUGUUUAUAACUAUGGGUGUUCUGUGCAUCUGCCAAUGGCAUGAUUGGCCAGGGGGUGACAAGCCCCAUCACCAGGCCAGUUAAAGGAUCAGGACAUACCCAGUCCUAUUCUUUCAAAAUGCUCGUCCGCCUUUGCUCUUGCCUUGUGUCAAGCAGGUUUUGUGUCCCGGCAGAUAAUUGUGAUAAAAACAUUACACAAAUCUCUGUCAAUGUGCAUGCGCAGCUCCCUCGUGUCUCCACAGUCAGGGACACAUUGUAGCAGACAGAGGCCUAUAUAACUAAUCUUGUGUUGGUUUCUGCUUCCUUGUAUUGUUGUGUUGUUUUUGAAUUCCUGUGGUGACCCCACUCACAUCCUGUUCUCCAGGCUCUGACAUUGGCUUGUUAACUGAUUCCCCUGUGUGCCACCUGCACUGGCCACUGACUGGUCCGUUUACUGUCUGCAUUUCCUUAUUCUCAUUCCCGACUAGUCUUGUAUUUCCUAUCCUUUUAUUAAUGUGGCUUUUUUCUGGAGUUAAAUUACUUUCUGACAAUAUUAUUUUACACUAGUGAUUCUUAAGCCGGUUCUCAUGACCCUACAGUCCAGACUUUGUCCGUGUCUCCAUUGAAAACGAAACAUAAAUCCUGGACUGUUACAGGGCCGUAAGAGCUGAUUUUGACAAACACUGGUUUAGGCCAUUUCUUUUACCUCUGUUUCUCACCUUUUCUACCAAGCCGCAUGGUCAGCUAAUGGUAACGUACUCCGACCCACCUCAAACAUGGCAGCUGAAUAUUAUAGUAAUAGACAUCAAUUAUUGAUAUUUUAUUACCUUUAGAAAAUAAAAAUAACUUUAAAUAUGUUUCCACUGUGGUCACAGACGCCUGUUACUUCCCUGUGUGAAGAUAAUGAUGCCUUUGUUUGAUAAGUACAGGAUAUUAUAAGUAUCAAACUAAUUUCUUUGACAAGUUUUUACUAUUUUUAAUUAAAAUUCGAGAAGAUAAUAAUUAACAAUAAGUUGGUGUGAGUGAAGGUAGGGACUUUGUUGAUUUUUCAUCAAGAGGAAAAUUUGGGCAAAGGGGGAUGAGGGGCAAUCUCUUUGCAGGAUGAUGACACAUAACCAGGGCAUAUUGCAGGGGGAGGCAACCUCCGGCACUUCUGAUGCUGUGGACUACAUCUCCCAUAAUGCUCUCACAGCUAUAAUCAGGGAAGAUGUAGUUCACAACGUUUUGAGUGCCAGCAUUUAUCUACCCCUGGCAUAGGGCAUGCUGUAGUCCUAUAAUAAUUUAUUAUUAAUAAUAAUAAUAAUUGGAUUAUAUCAUAUUGAAAUGAUUCUUUGGUAUAAAUGGCCAAGAGGCUUGUGAACCCCUGGCCGUUGUGACUAUAACAGAGGUAGGUACAUAAAGUUCUCAAUUACUUCUAUUGGUGUAUACAUUGAAACACAUAAAGGGGAGGAAUACAUGGGGUCCCGGGUACCCCAACAUUUCAGAUUAUUUGUUAAUUAUAAUUAUUGUUAUGUGGUGUAAGUUCGUUAAUGUAGGGUAUGUGUAUUGGCCAUCAAACCCGCUCCCAAUACUGGGCUCUUUUUCUGUGGGUUGAUUAAAUUCCUUAGAAAUUCCUUAGAUUUCUAUAGUAAAAAAAAAAGUGUUUUUACAAAAAAAAGAAAAAACAUUUUGGGUCAAUUUAUAAGGAGCCCAAAGAAUGACGGAAGGAGUUAACUAUAGGAGAGUAAAAGGGAGGAGGGAGACAGAGAGACAAGUGAAUUCUGAGGGGGGGAGGAAUUACAUGGAGUGGGUGGGGAGAGGUACUUUGUUUGAGAGAAAGAGUUCAGUUCCUGGAUGUCCCAGGAGAGAGAGUCCAGGAUAUGCGAGCUCCUUAGUCCAGCCUAGGCCCAGCCCACAGGUGAGUGAGUCAGUUCUCAGUUGCAGCCUGCAAGGUAAAGGUUAGAAUAAUAACUAUUGGUAUGGGGGAGCAGGGGGGGAGGAGGGAAGCUGGGACAAUAGAGGACCUGGGGUACAGGUCAUGGGGAGCAUGCCUGAGAUGGGACCAGGAGCUACAGCAAGGGGAGAGAUCUUCACAGAGACAGACAAAGGGCUGGCCAGGGUCUCAGGGUGCUGGGCAGGUGUUUACGCAGUGUCCAGCGUAGGGUUGUAGGAUUCACCUGGCUUUACUGGACACAUAUCAACUGUAGAUUUUUAUGGGCUGCACAUGAAAAGUACAACCGUGCAGUAUGUAGGCGUCAAAUGCUGCAAGAAAAAAAUUAGUGCAUUUGUAAAAAAAGAAAUUCUGAAUUAAUGAGGUUGAAUAGUUACUUAAUUUUUCUUUAGCACCGUAUGAAUGCUGCGUACAGCAGUGAUGCAGGGUUUUUUUUAACUUGCCACUUGAAGAAGUGCUUUGUGUCCUGAAAAUCAAGGUGGAUCUGACAGCCCCAGUGCAGCGGGGAGGAGAUGGGGGGGAAAGUGACACAUUAAGUGGAUUAUUUGCAAAGAGACGCCGCGUUGGUUCCCAGUAGGCUGCGCUUUCUCCCCUGACAUGUCUCUGCUUGUGAGCUAUGCAGGGAAAGAGAAAAUCUGUCUUUGUUAUAGACUACCAGGCAAGAACUGAAAGUGCUAUUCACAAAACUGUGCCCCCACAACACUGUAAUUUUCUGCUGUGCCAACCCUUGUGUUGCCAAGAUGCCUGUUACUGUCUGACUGAUGCCAAAUAUUCUAAUCUCACUGUACCAGAUUUAAAGUGCAAGGAUCUGCUUGCCCACCACUGCCCAAUCUACAUAUGGCACGCUCUGUACCUUCCUCUACCUCUAUAGAAAUAUUUACUACAUGGCGAUCUGGGAAAUAUAAUAUAUCAGUGUUCAGUUAUUUAUCAUUUGAUUACGUCAUAGCAGCAAUCUUGGCAUUCCUGUUUGCUAAGUCACUGUGCCCGUUUUACAGCCAGUUUAUUGUGCAUUAUUUGUCAGCAAGCUGUGCGGUUUCUGGGUUCUGUGUGGUGGCACGCUUGAUUGAGUCCACUUCUUUGUUAACGAGCUGUGCCCGUCUUGCCGGUUGCGAGUUCUUUAUUAAUCAGAAUGUGCCAGUCUCUGUAUCAUUCCUUGUGCCAGUCUUGAUUGUGUCCAGUUCGUUAUUUGCAAGCUGUGCCAGGAUUAGCUGUGCUACGGUUAAUAGAUCAGCUAAACCUGUAUGUGCCAGGCUAUGCACCCAUGACUUGUGCCAAGCUCUGUAUAUUCACUCAGCCGGGAUGGCUUAAUGUUACACAGUUUGUAUUUACAUUUAUCACUCUGUGUCAAUCCUGGGCAGGUUUCUCUCAAGCGGUUUUCAGUUGGUGCCCAAGUGUUGUAUGAGUUGCAGUUGGACAGUAUUCAAAGAAAUACUUGGUGCUUCCUUCUGCAAGUGCCAUAUUCUGCUUUUGGGAUAUUACAUAGCACUCACAUGGUAGAAAUUCCUGAAUGUAUAAAUAAUGUUUAUUGUGGACAUAUUCUAUAAUUUUUCUCCUUUUUUUUUUUUUUUUUUUGCAGUUAAGAACAUGA